UUGCAAAACGUUUUCCGUUUGGAGUAGGCCUUAUUAAACAGUUUCGCAACAGACGAACGUUUUGCAAAAUAAUUGGCGUAAUGAAUACACCCCUGGUUCGACCGGCCAGCCCAGGUGUGUUUCUUGUCAGACGGCUAUGUCACGCACAGGGACUGGUUGGUCACAUGGUCCAGCUCCAACGUUCUGCGGAAAUUAAUUAGCGGAAGAAACAGGUGGAUGUAUCAUCCGCAGGUGACACAGCCAGAGAGGAAAUCAGAGCCAUAUAAACAUAUUCAUACUGAACAGCAAGGCCAUGUGAGUCUGGCCCGGUGACUGUGUAAAAGAGUAAUCCACAUGAGGUUUAGGUGAAUCUGCGGUUACGUGUAGGUUCUUUGUGUUAUCUGGGGGGUAACAGUAUAUCUGGCAUUGCCAAUACCCAAGAAGCUCCUGAUUGAAGACGGUGCCCGUUUACAUGCAACUACUAAAGAGACCAGUGGGUCCCCAUGUCUGCUAGAGGAGGUUCCUCUGGCCGUUUCAACUGUGUCCGGGAUGCAGAACCUCACUACGACCAGGUUCCAGUGGGCUCCUUAUGGAGGGACCAGGACCUCCCUCCUCCUCCUCGCUCCCUUAGGGGUUUCAGGGGGGCAGACCUMGCUGUGAGCUCCGACCCCCUGCCCCCCCCUCCCCUCCCAGACCAACCCCCCGUGGGCCCUGACUUCUACCCUCCUAGCGACGGUGCCCCGGAGCGCCUUGACAACGACAGCGCAGCCAUGGACAUCAAACCCGUCCACCGCUUCAUUCCUGACUCCUUCAAGAACUUCUUCCGCGGCAACAGUGUCCGUGGUAGCAGCAACAAGCCCUUKUCCUUACCCCCCUCCCCGCCGCUGACGGAAAAAGACGACCUCAAACCAGGAACCACUAGAGGUGUCCCCUGCUCCCCUCCCCCCUCUCCCUCCCUCCCCGGCUCCUACCUGGACCCGUACGGAGGCUCUGGCGGCAGCUACAACUCCCGAAAAGAACGUGAAGCCAUGUUGCUAGGAACCGAUGCCUUCGAGUCUGUCUCGGGCGUCACAUUCCGCUCAGCCAAGACCUACAGCGAGCGGGUGGAGGAUUACCACCAGCGCUACGCCUAUAUGAAGUCCUGGGCGGGGUUACUGCGCAUCCUGGGCUGCGUCGAGCUCCUUUUGGGCGCUGUCGUCUUCGCCUGCGCGUGUGCUUAUGUGCACAAGGACAACGAGUGGUUCAAUAUGUUCGGCUACUCCCAGCCACAGUUGUUCGGGGGGUUAGGGGGCGGCGCAGCAGCCUACGGAGGCAGCGGCUCGUUCAGCUACGACGGACCCAAAACCCCCUUCAUCUUGGUAGUGGCUGGCCUGGCCUGGAUAGUAACAGUCAUUAUGCUAGUCCUGGGGAUGACCAUGUACUACCGUACCAUCCUCCUAGACUCGUCUUGGUGGCCCUUGACUGAGUGUGUGAUUAACCUGGCCCUUGGGUUUCUCUACAUGGUAGCAGCGGCAAUGUACGUCAGGGACACAACCAGAGGAGGCCUCUGUUACAUCCCUGUCUUCAACAACGGAAUCAACGGGGCCUUCUGUCGUACAGAGGCCGGCCAGACCGCCGCCAUUAUUUUUCUGUUCGUCAACAUGAUAAUAUAUUUUGUGGGCGCCGGCGUGUGUCUGAAGCUGUGGCGGCACGAGGCGGCGAGGCUGAGGAGGGAGGGGUUAGCGCAGGAGAUGAAAACCAUUGGAUCUUCCCUGCCAAUAUCUGCUCUGGGCGGGUCCAGGACCUCAGAGCAGACCCCUCUCCCCACCCUCCAGACUAUCCCAGAGGUGUUGGACGGCCAUCUUGCCUCUCCAGCCGUCCCUCUGAUGAUGGAGCCAGAGAUCCUCAGAGGACACAUCCCUGCAGGACACAUCCCCAAACCUGUAAUCAUCGCAGACUACGUGGCGAAGUACCCGACCAUCCGUACGGAGGAGGAGAGGGACCAGUACAAGGCUGUGUUUAAGGACCAGUAUGCUGAGUACAAAGAGCUGCAUGCUGAGGUCCAGGCCAUGGCCAAGAGGUUUGACGAGAUGGACGAACUGAUGAGGAACCUGCCUCCACGGCCCUCCAGUCAACUGGAGAAGAAACGCAUCGAUACCAUAGUAUUGGAGUACCAGAGAAAGAAAGAGGAUCCUACGUUCCUUGAGAAGAGGGAGAGGUGUGAGUACCUGAAGAACAAACUGUCCCACAUCAAACAGAAGAUCAACGAAUACAACAAGGUCAUGGACUGGAACGACGGAUUCAACUAGACGAACACACACACACACUCUGAACUGUGCAGCUUAACUGAGCCAGGUCAAGCCCGAAUGCUGAAGUUUACCGUCCAUUACAUUAUGUUGGAUGCCACUCCUUGCCAGUUAUAUGCAUUAUGUGGACAUGCCAUGGGUCAAAUCAUAUAAAGAUUUUAGUGCCACAAAAAAUUGAUAUUGAGGCUGGUUUUAUAAUCUACACGUUCUUAUCUGAUGCCUUUGUUUUUAUUGAUGUCUGUGAUAUUUUUGUUCAACGCCAUACUUGUAAGUCGGUUGCCACUGCUCAACCCUGAAGUACAGGUCAGUCUCUACACAGUAUCCUACCAUCAAUUUGAUAAUGAGGGCAGAUCAGUCUCUACACAGUAUCCCACCAUCAAUUUGAUAAUGAGGGCAGAUGUCAUUCUUUGUUGUGUAUAAUUAUUUAUCUCUAUUGUACCAUUUUGUAAACUCUAGAUACUGUAACAGUAUGAAACUAAACAAAUCUCUUAUGAUUUCCUCAACAAGACUUUUCUGCAAUAAUUGUUUAAAUUUAAGUGACAAAGCACCUCCUAUGUAUUAUAUGUCGUUGUACAUGAACACAGUCCAAUGUUGUACACUGAUGUCAAUCCAUGUGGUUUAUUUGGAACACAUGGCAUCUCUGGUAUAUUUUGUACAUUUAUGUGUAAAAACGUUAUCCAGUAUCAUAUAUUUCUGUUUCGACUUGCUUACUGAUGUACUUGUCCAUUUCUUGAUAAUUGAAGGAAAGUCUGGAAAGUUUGAUUUCAGCACAGUUUGAUAAAGAUUCUAAAAACUAUGAUGCUUAUUUUCCCCUAGUAGAAAUGACCCAUUAUAUUAGUCACAGAAGAGUGUGUGUGUGUGACUGACUAUGUCAGUGGGUCGAUGAAUGUCAGAGAAGAUUGGAAACUGGAUCCUUUUUCUGUCAGUCAGUGUCUGUUACAAAAAGGGAAUCUUGCCUAAACAAUGUCUCACACACACACUUUCUGUCUGUGUGGAAUCUUGCCUAGUCCUCAUGACAUGGCUGUUGGUCUCGUUAAAUCCUGCAGGACUGGUUUGGUCAUGAUGGACACUAGAGGGGGGGGGCGUUGGGCAUCACAGACCCCCUAUUCAAAUCAUAACGGUGUAGAGUUCUGGCUCCACUGCGACUCCCAAGCACCAAGGUGUCAUCUUACACACACACACCGUAGGCCCUAAUCCUUCCAUCUACACUGUUAAUGAUUUCURGCACAAAACAUUCAAUUUUGACAAAAUGCCUUGUGUUUUUUGUUCCUCUGAUUCAGAAUAUAUAAAGCUAGUAAACUAUGGAUUGAAAUCCAUGAAUGGUUGUGUAUAAAAUCUCCAGAAUUACCUAUGUUUACCUUUGAUGAUGUUAAAUUAAAUGGCAUGAUGCUUAUCCUUGUAAUUCCGAUCAUUUUAUAACUAUUUUAUUAACAUUAUCCUCUUGGCCAAAUAUUAUAUUCACAAAUGUAAAUGGGGUGGAAAAAGCCCUUAAUUUUUUUUUUUUGAACUGUUACAAUUUUAUAAAUCCCUCAAACUUGUGAAUCUUAAAAGUUGGAAUAAUUAUUAGAAGUCAUGUCUCUGAAUGUUAAUGUUGCCUUGUCACAUAUUCAAGACCAGGAAGUUAACAGAUGUCAAGGAAACAAAGCCUAUCUACUUCUGUAUCACCUACUCUGUCAGCGAACAUUUUGACCCAACGUUUCAAUAUUAUUUGGAUCCCGUUUUAUCCAUUAUUGAUUAAUAAACACAUGGGUGACAAACAACAAUGAUUUUGUGUGUCCAAAUGUA